AGUAGUGCUCACUAGUUAGAGUUGUGCCAAGAAAUGUUGUUUAGUGUUGGUAGUUUCAGUGCUUAGUAAGUGUGCAAAGACGGAGAUAAAUGUCUCACUGACAACAAUUGAUCAAUUCGGCAGCUCACUUCUCAUGACCACCACUCCGUCCGCAAGCGAGUUAUUCUUUCCAAAUUUUUGGGAGCUGUUACUUUCUUACCCAUCUGUAGGUCCAUGUAGUUAGUUUUGUGCAAAAUCGUCUUGUGCUUCGAGCAAUAGCCGCCGAUUAUAGGUAUCUGGCGAAGAUCGGUUACUUACUCUAACUGAAAGUAAUAUUACUGAAGCAAUUUGAAAACCUCUGUUGAAGGGAGAUAAUUCCAGGGACAACAAUGCAAUCUACAAAUUGCAAGAACAGGAUUCAAUUUGCACACAAAACAAGACAGGAGUAAUCUACUGUAUUAAUUAGAAGCUGUCAACAAAGUUGCAUCAUAGAUCUAUAGUUGCAUGGCCUUAAAUCUACAUCACACUAUCAAAUGAAACUGACAGAAAAGUUGCUUAAACAAGCGUAAGGUGGAUAUUGAUGAGAGUUCUGACACAUGAUACUGUGUAUAUACGAAAGAAAAGAUAGCAUGGUUACUUUAUAUCUAAAAAAAACACCCUGCUAUCUAUGGCUUGACCAAAUCCAGGUUUUUCUGGUUUGCCUAGAGUCUGCAAAAGAGAACAUAGGAGUUAGAAACAGCAAAACGAAAAUUGGUCUGACAUCGCUACUUAAGCCUAAAAUAUUUGACUUAUCAAGCUACCCUCAUACAUGGAUGUGUCUCAUGAAAAAGCUUCGCUCGAAUGGGAGACAAUUGUCGAGUGUUCUACACUACUCAUCGACUCAAUUAAAAGAAAUAUCGACAACAUUGGGAAUGAAUUCCAUAGCAAAUGGUUUUUAUCAGAGAGUGAAUAUGAAAGUUUGAAACAGAUUGGUCCCGGCUCAGAACCUUCUAUUAGAGCUCGAAAAAUUAUCAGCGCCGUGGAAGAUAGAGUAAAGUUUCGACCAGCAUUGUUUAAAGAUUUUGUUGCUGUUUUGAGGAGUCAAAGUGAAUGGAUGCGUGACUGUACCGAAAAGGUCGAGCAAUGCUACGAAGCGAAGCAAUUUAAAAGGUCUAAAGAAAGUCAAGGUCCAGGAUUUGUGUGUCCGUACUGCCAAAAGUGUACUUUAGAGGGCUUCUUCAUGUCUGGAUGUCCGAAAAUAAAAGAAAAGAAAAUACCUCCUAUCAGCUCACCAACUUUUCCUUAUCUCGAUACUAAACGUUUAAGUGAGCCAGAGAAACACAUGUUGCUUGAUAAUCUAACUACUGAUUAUGAAUCAAUUGUGAGUGCAUUUCGUAAGCUCUGCAUGACACUGUCCAAGUCCCAAACUUUAAAAGAUGAGAUAGAUAAUAUUAAGCUUUUCCUAUCAGCCUCAGCAAUCUUUUCAAAAGAAGAAAAAAUGCAACUAUCGAGUUCAAAGGAAAUGUUUGAAGUGCUCAUGAUUCUUCUGCUGGAAAGGGCUUCUUUCUUCAAUCAUCAAACUAUUGAGUUAGUCGUGAAUGAAUAUGGGUCAUCAGAUGACAAAUGUGAAUUGCAAAAGUACUUGGAUGAGUUCAAUUCGUAUUGUAAACACAAUGUGUUCGAAGUGCCACACGCUGUCUUUCAUCCUGGUCAAAACGAGGAUAUUAAACACUCAACAUUUGCCCUAAAAUACUCUGAAGAAGGUCCCAUUAUGUUACAGAAGAUAAAUAAAAUCUGUAAUCGUAUAGCGAAGACCUUGCACAUAAAUUCUUGGGCGUUGUCAUUAGUAUCCAUUGAAAAGGGGUGUGUAUUCCUAACAUUUGCCAUUCCUAUUGCGAUAGCUACUGAGGUUUUGCCAAUUUCUGAAGCUCAGUUGAUGAAAUUGAGCAGAUACGGAUUAGGUGGUGAUAAAGACAUUGGUGCAUUAGAAGACUCACAUGGAAAAGUUGCUACAACAGAAGAAUAUGAAUCAGAGAAUGCUACUGACACGACAGGGGAGAGUGGGUAUGGCACCGGAGAAGCAGUUCGACAACAAUGGAUCCAAGGAGGACUCCAAAGCAUGUCAGUGUCUGCAGAUUCAGACUUUGUGUCUGUAAAGGAUGCCAAUCAGUAUACGCCACUGCUUGCUACAUUUUCAGAAAUUGAUUCUGGACCGUACACAUCUGUCAAGGGCAUCCUUCCCAGACGGCCUCCUCGACCGGAUAGAGAGGAUAAACCAUUUCCCCCACUACCUACAACACCAACACAUCAAAUACUCUACUCAGUAUCAGGGGCAUCUAACACUCACUUAAGAAGGGAGACAUGGUAUUGUGAGGUAGACAGGCACAUGGCUAGUGAGCUAUUGAGGAAUAAAGAGAAUGGUACCUUCCUUUGUCGGCCCACUGUUAACCAAUGGUUAUUGCCGAAGGGAGAGCAGCUACUACAUACUCACAGCAUUGACAUUGUGUAUAAUGGCCUUAUCCACUUGAAGGUGUUCACUCUUAAUAAUAAAUAUGGUUUCUCUCUCCCGUGUACUUCAAACUCCCUGGAGGAGUUGGUCUUUUUCUACAAAGAGAACUCUUUAGAAGAGCAUAACCAUAGACUCACUACCACCUUAAAAUACCCUGUACACGCAGCCUUGCUCUCUUAGUCUCUAUAAUUAUUUUUACGCUAUAUCUUGAUUGUAUAUGCAUGUCUAUUAAAUUAUUGUAAGCUCUUUAAUGCAGAAAUUAAAAGGUGUCUUCAUGCAU